AUGACUUCCCAAGGGCAUCCUCACUGGCUGUCAGCGCUUCUUGCCGACACGAGAGCGCCCCCGAAGCUAUUCGCUUGGUCCCCUGCGAACAUUGAUCCGUCCGUGGCAGUACAGCUCGAGGAGGCGGGCGAAAACGAUGGCUUUCCCGGCGACUCCGCGAACCGCAUCUUCAUCGUCGGCCCCGGUAACGUCGGGAGACUGUAUGCGAGCUACAUGUCCAAGAGUACUGGCGACCUACCGAUCACGCUGGUUGUGCGUAGAAAGGAACUAUUGUUGGAAUGGAUCGCGAGCGAAGGAGUAGUCCUCAUUGGUCGACGCGGCGGCGAGAGACUGCAAAACAAACGCUUCAACGUUGAGUGGUGGUCAGAGACCAAACCACCGUACGGACCUGUCAGAGAAGUUGCUGAUGGAGAGAAGUUGCGCAACCUCUUCAUUUCAACAAAAGCCGACGCUGGACUGGCAGAGGCAGAUCGAGUCCGUCGAUACUUGGGACGAUACAGCUCCGUCGUUUUCGCACAAAACGGCGUCAAUAAGCUGUGGCCUCCUCACGGUCCUCUAUACGUGGCCAGCCGAUAUAAUGCUGACGAAGCACCCAGAUUUUCUGCUUGUGUGGUGAAUCACGGUCUGUCGUCAGUCGGGCCCUUUCAGAGCAUCCAUUCUGCGCCGGCCGAUGCCUUUAUCGGACCCAUCUUCUGCGGUUCCGCGCCGUCGAUGAAUCGGAAAAAGAUGCCUCUGGGUGACUUUUUCACCCGCUACAUCAGCAGCACGCCCGUUGUCGACACCAAGGCCGUGUCGUCGGGCGAGCUGUGGCUCAUCCAGUUAGAGAAGCUCGUCGCCAACGCCGCCAUCAACCCGCUCACGACCCUGCUGCGAUGCAAGACGGGACAGUUGUUUGCGAGCUAUGACUCGCAGGAUGCCCUCACGCGCGUCCUUGACAAGCUGCUGUGGCAGGCCAGUGCCGUGAUCCAGGCCCUUAUCAACCACGAGGGGAGCAUCGACGUGAUUGCGUCUUACGCAGAGACGGUACGGCGACUCGUACCCGGCAGCGACGACUACUACAAGAACUUUGCUGCAAUCCGCCGCAAGUUGUGUGUUCGGUUCUCGCAGCCGAUCCUCAAGGCGAAGCUGUACGCGUUCGGGCUGAAGAUCAGCGAGCACCGAAGCUCGAUGCUUCAGGAUGUGGAGGCCGGGAGGAAAACGGAAAUACGAGAUGUGAAUGGCUGGUUACUAGACAUGGCAGCUUUCUUGGGUGAUGAUUUGGACGUGAGCGUGCACCGGGGAUUGGUUGAGCUGAUUGAGGCGUGUGAGGUGCUGGGCAAGGAAGACUUGGCAAGGAGACUACUGUGA